AUGGCUGUGACUCUAGGAAAGCGGAAGCGCGUGAGGCGUGAGACUGGUUCAAAAAUAGAGACAGCUCCUCAAGAUGCUCCAAACGACUCAGACCAGGAGGAUCUCCAAGCCACCUUCCGACGGCAUUUCGAAGCCAGGUUCAAACCGCUCGCUGACCUAGCAAAGCCCAAAGAGAAGCCUGUAGACCUCGUCGCCGAAGAGUCGACGGAGGAGGAGUCGGAGUGGGAUGGGAUCUCGGAGGAUGAGGAGGCUCCUGUAGAGAUCAUCGAGCACUCCACUUCCGCUGAUGCCGCGUCCCUACUCGACAAACAGGCGCAAAAAGCCUUCAUGUCCUCCAAACCACCAACUUCGACUCCAACAUCCACCGCAAGAUUUAAACGCCCCACCUCCCCCACCGAAGCGGACGGCGAAGCCCUCAACCUCAAGAAUGACCUCGCGCUCCAGCGUCUCCUCAAAGAAUCGCACCUCCUAGACUCAACCACCGACUACACUCCCUCCGGCUCAAACCGCCACAAGGCCACCGACAUCCGCCUACAGUCACUCGGCUCCAAGAGCUCGAUCCACGUCCAAGAGAAGAUGCCGAUGUCGCACCGGAGAGGUAUAACGGCGAAGGCAACAUCCAAGGAAGAACAGAGACGGAGAGAGGCGAAGGAGAAUGGGAUCAUUCUUGAGAGGGCUGUGAAGGUGCAGAAGAUGGCUGGAGGGAGAAGGGAGCGGGGCGUGGGUACACCAGGAGUGGGCAAGUUUCGCGGUGGGAUGUUGAAGCUGAGUAAGAGAGACGUUGCCAGCAUAGAGGGGCCGAAGAAGAGCAUGAAGGGGAGGCGACGAUGA